GUGGAGCCUGGGAUCCGGGGCGGAGCCUCCAUACCUGGGAGCCUGACACGCGUGGGGCCGUGCGGUUGAGAGGCGGGGCUUGCGGAUCAAAUGAGACCCUUAGAUGCCCCCGAGGAUUUAGUCUCGAGCGUGGGGACAUUCUCGACGGCUUUGGGAAGGGUGUAGAAACCCUGACCAGCGCCCUCUACCUGUCCCGGGUCCCGUGUAAACAGCGCCAUGUGCACGUGGGUUUGGGGCAGCCGCUCACGCCCCUUCCCACGGGGACCGCGUCGCCCGGAGCGGCGGGCGGAGCCGCGGGACGGUGGCUAAACAGGGUGACCCGACUGCAUUCCUGGCCGGUGUGUCAGCGUCGCUCCCCGCCCCCUCUGCUGAGAUUUCGGAUCCUACUUUAGAAUUGGGGCGCCCCCCUCCUCCCCAGGGCGGGAACAGACUCCCAGAGCGCAGGGAGGGUCAGAGGACGGGAAGGCGCUUCCUUCGCCCGGAAUCUCCAGACAGUUCCCGCGCGUGGGCGAAACACCGGGGAGCUGCCCAUGGGGGCUCUGGGACUACAACUCCCAGAGGACCUGAGGCGGGCGUGCCUUACGUCCGUCGCGGACACUGCUGGGAAUUGUAGUCCCAGCUUCCCACUCUGGGCGCCGUUGCUGUGCUAUCCAACCCGCCCUUUUUUUUACCGACGCGGAGAUUGAGACCCAGAGGCCUAAAGGAAUACUGAUUUAGCAGGCCCCCUUUCUCGCCUUAGAGGCGGGGCACGUGAGCCUCCCUCAGCUUUCAACCUUUUUUCUACUCCUUUGGUGGCGUCCAGACCUUCACUCAGGAGAAUGAAACUGAGACCGGUUUAGGGAUGGGACAGGGGCUCGGGAGUCUUAACUCCUGCAGCCACAGGGAAGUAGGACUCAGCCCUCCGCUCCUGUCUCUCCCUGGCCAGGUCGCUCUCGGCCUCUCGGCCUCGCCCUUCCUAUCUGUGAAAUGGACUCCAGCUGAAUCCAAAUGGAAACGUUUCAGUUUGUGACCUGUCCCUCCGGGACUACAAGUCCCAAGGUGCUCGAGGGGACCCCAGCUCCCACUCCCCUCCCUGACCCGCCUCCCUCCAGCCUGAGUCACGUCGUCUAACCUGUUCCCGACUCCCGCCCCGCCCCGUCCUCCGCUCCCCGCAGCCGGAGCCGGAGGAAGUCCCCCGGUGCCAGGAUCUGCCCCGGAUCCGCGUCCCGCUCCGGCCGGCACCAUGGACAGCGAGGCGUUCCAGAGCGCACGGAACCUUCUGGACCUGAACUUCCAGUCGCUGGCCAUGAAGCACAUGGACUUGAAGCAGAUGGAGCUGGACACCGCUGCGGCCAAGGUAGACGAACUGACCAAGCAGCUGGAGUCGCUGUGGUCAGACUCACAGGCACCUCCUGGCCCCCAGACUGGAGCCCCUUCUAGGCAGUCCCGGUACAGCUCCAGCCCGGUCCCCGAGCCCUUUGGCAGCCGCGGGUCCCCCAGGAAGGCGGCCACCGACGGUGGAGACACCUCAUUCGGACGCUCCGAGAGUGCCCCGGCCCUGCUGCCCUACAGCCAGCUGUCCCCCAAGGGCCGGCCGUCGUCGCCGCGCACCCAAAUCUACCUGCAGCCGGAAGCCUAUGGCACCUUGGACCGCGCGCCCUCGCCCCGGCAGCGCGCCUUCGAGGGCACAGGCGGUUCCCUGGGUCGCGCGCCCUCCCCGCGGCCCAGUCCGGGCCCGUUGCGCCAGCAGGGUCCCCCCACGCCCUUCGAUUUCCUGGGCCGCGCCGGCUCCCCGCGUGGCAGCCCUCUGGCGGAGGGGCCCCAGGCGUUCUUCCCUGAGCGCGGGCCAUCACCGCGCCCCCCUGCCACUGCCUACGACACACAGGCGGCGUUCGGGAGCCCCCUGCUGGGCACCGGUGGCAGCGCCUUCGCUCCGCCUUUGCGAGCUCAAGACGACCUGACGCUGCGCCGGCGGCCCCCCAAAGCCUGGAACGAGUCCAACCUGGACGUGGCGUAUGAGAAGAAGCCUUCGCAGACCGCCAGCUAUGAACGCUUGGACGUCUUCGCCCGGCCCGCCUCACCCAGCCUGCAGCUGUUGCCCUGGAGAGAGAGCAGCCUGGAUGGGUUGGGGACCACUAGCAAGGACAAUCUCACCAGCGCCACCCUGCCCCGGAAUUACAAAGUGUCCCCUUUGGCCAACGACAGGCGUUCGGAUGUGGGCAGCUACCGCCGCUCUCUGGGCUCCUCGGGGUCUGCAGGCACUUUGCCCCGAAGCUGGCAGCCCGUCAGCCGCAUCCCUAUGCCCCCUUCUAGCCCCCAACCCCGCAGUGCUCCCCGCCACCGCCCCAUCCCCCUCAGCAUGAUAUUCAAGCUGCAGAAUGCCUUCUGGGAGCAUGGGGCCAGCAGGGCCACGCUUCCUGGCUCCCCCAUGUUCAACCGGGCCCUCCUGCCUAAGCUGCCCCCCCAGUCCCAGCCUCCCCCUCAGCCCCAGUGUCCCCCCCAGUCCCAACCACAGCCACAGCCCCAACUGCAGCUCCAGCCUCAACCACAGCCUCAGCACCAGCCACAAUCUCAGCCUCAGCCCCAACCCCCUGCCCCAGUCCCCCAAAUCCCACAACAGACCUGGCCCCCUGUGAGUGAAGGCUUCCCCAAGCCCUCUGGCGAGCUGGAGCCUGAGCCGGAGCUGGAGGGGCUCCUGACGCCGGUGCUGGAGGCUGGCGAUGUGGAUGAAGGCACCCUAACACGGCCCCUCAGCCCUACGCGGCUGCAGCCAGCACUGCCACCCGAGGCGCAGUCGGUGCCUGAGCUGGAGGAGGUGGCUCGGGUGCUGGCAGAGAUCCCACGGCCCCUCAAACGUAGGGGUUCCAUGGAACAGAGCCCCGCCGUGGCCCUGCCCCCGACCCACAAGAAGCAGUACCAGCAGAUCAUUAGCCGUCUUUUCCAUCGUCAGGGGCCAGGGCCUGGGGGGCCGGAGCCUGAGCUGUCUGCCAUCAUUGAGGGAUCUGAGGCCAGGGCAGGGCCCCCAGCCCCUGCCCUACCAGCUUCCAUCCCACCCCCAGCCCCACCCCAGAGCAGCCCACCAGAGCAGCCACAGAACAUGGAGAUGCGCUCGGUGCUGCGGAAGGCGGGCUCCCCUCGCAAGGCCCGCCGCGCGCGCCUCAACCCACUGGUGCUGCUGCUGGACGCGGCGCUGACAGGGGAGCUGGACAUAGUGCAGCAGGCGGUGAAGGAGAUGAACGACCCGAGCCAGCCCAAUGAGGAGGGCAUCACGGCCCUGCACAAUGCCAUCUGCGGCGCCAACUACCCCAUCGUGGACUUCCUCAUUGCCGCGGGCGCCAACGUCAACUCUCCAGACAGCCAUGGGUGGACACCAUUGCACUGCGCAGCGUCGUGCAACGACACAGCCAUCUGCACGGCGCUGGUGCAGCACGGCGCAGCCAUCUUCGCCACCACGCUCAGUGACGGCGCCACCGCUAUCGAGAAGUGCGACCCCUACCGUGAGGGCUACACCGACUGCGCCACGUACCUGGCAGACGUGGAGCAGAGCAUGGGACUGAUGCACAACGGAACGGUGUACGCACUCUGGGACUACAGCGCGGAAUUCGGAGACGAGCUGUCCUUCCGCGAGGGCGACUCGGUCACCGUGCUGCGGAAGGACGGGCCGGAGGAGAACGACUGGUGGUGGGCCACACUGCACGGCCAGGAGGGCUACGUGCCCCGUAACUACUUUGGGCUCUUCCCCAGGGUGAAGUCUCAGAGGAAUAAGGUCUAGCGGGAGAGAAGUACAUUUUUCCAAGGGACACUGGAGGAAGUAGCCCUGCCUUCGCUCCUGACCUCCCCCUCCACUACUGCUGCAGCUCUACGCCCCCCAGCCCAGUAGGGGGCGCAGUCCUCGCCACCAGUUCUCUGCUCUCCUGGAAGCCCAGGGGGGAUGUGGGAGAACUCAGCCUUAAGUUUAGGGAUCUGCCUUAGCUACGGGAGGUCGAGGCGGGGCUAGGAAUCGCCCAGGGGCUCAGGAGAACCCCCAUUUGCCAAAUCAGGCCCCGUCCAAAGUGCCUCUCACUCUUGCUGCCACUGCUCCUCAAAGCAAGCCACCUCACAAUUUCAGCUGAGCCUGGCAUGGGCCAUUGCCGCUCCAUUUCCCUGGGAGUCACCUCCGGCCCCACCUCUUCCAGCAGCUUUGGAGACUGAAUGAGACCCACUGGCCUCCCGUAGGAUUCUGCCUCACCUCCCCCUAGUUAAGUGCCUUCACACAGCUCUGGUUUAAUGUUUAUAACAAAAUGGGAAACUUUUUCUUUAUAAAUAAAGGUAGUUUGCACAGAAAUUGGCUUCCUUCUCUUUUAAUUUUGUUCUGAUUCCAUAAACGGUCAUUUUUAUUAUUUUUGGCAAACCAAUCUAAAAUUACCCCUUUCUAAGUGAGUUCUGUCACAUAUGUCCAAUCCUUACUCCUGGUGGCGUAGUGGGUAAGUGCUAUGGCUGCUAACCAAAGGGUCGGCAGUUUGAAUCCACCAGGCGCUCCUUGGAAACUCUGUGGGGCAAUUCUACUCUGUGCUAUAGGGUCGCUAUGAGUCGGAAUCGACUCGACUGCACAGGGUUACUCUUCAGCCAUCCCCAGUGUCUUGACCUUUUUUCAUGCUUUGGGUUCUUUUUUUUUUUAUGUCUCUAAGCAUUUUUUAAAGCCUAGUUAUUUUUUAUUAUGUGUCUGAUAAUUCUAUCUGAAAUUUAGAGGUGUCUAAUCCUAUGGUCUGUGUGUCUGCUAAUGCUCACUCAUGAUGGAUUGUUUCCUUGUGUGUUUUGAAGUGUUGGACUGUGUGCUCAUCUUCAGGAGGGCUUUCUCCACAGGAUAUCCAUGCGAACUUGUUGAAGAUGGGGCCCUGCACAGUGAUUUUUCCUUUGCUUCUGCUCCACUUUCAUCUUCUAUUUCAUAAACCUUUCUUGGGAUGGAAACUCAGGUGGCGUAGUGGUUAAGUGCUAUGGCUGCUAACCAAGAGGCUGGCGGUUUGAAUCUGCCAGGCACUUCUUGGAAACUCUAUGGGGCAGUUCUAUUUUGCCCUAUAGGGUCGCUAUGAGUCGGAAUCCACUCGACAGCAGUGGGUUUUUUCUUUGAAUAUCUUUGACAAUUCACAAGUCCGCAUCUCUUUUGUAUAUUUUUUGAUAAAUUGUAAAGCUGCAGCAUUGUCGUUGUCUAGACUUGCGAUGUCCAAUAUGAUAGUCACCAGCCUCUGUGGCUAUUUGAAUUAAUUGAAAUUAAACAAAAUGAAAAAAUCUGUUCCUCAGUCCCCUAGUGACAGUUCAAGUGCUCAAUAACCACAUGGCUACUGUGGUUGGACUGUGAAGAUAAAGAAAUUUCCAUCCUCUCAGAAAGUUCUACCGGAUACUGCUGAAUUAGAACAUUUCCUGAAUCCAGAAUCUCCAUUGUGCCCAUUUCCUGUUGAAACACGCCCCGCCACCACCACAGAAAAAAAUUCUAACUUCUAUAAUUAUCAGUUAGUUUUCAUGAAUACACUUUAAAAACAAAAAAUAGUAAAAAAAAAAAAAAAAAGUAGAAGGGAAUAAUAUUAAAAAAAACGUACAGCGUAUCUAUUGCCACCAUCCCUGCUCCCCGAUCUGUUCCACAGAGGCCAUCUUUUUCAACUGCUUCAGCUGUUUCUUCUGCUAUUUGCUUCCUUGUUUCUAAAUAAUAU